AUUUACAAAACAUCAUUUUCUUAACUUUUUUUGCCGAAAGAAAUACUAUAUGUAAGCGUUUGGUAUAUUUAUUCCGGGAGGAUGGAGUACUAUUUUUCGAGGUAGAUUGGUAAAAAGAAUUGAAGUUCGAUAAAAUUUCAGUUGAUUCCAACCUGAUCUGAUUUUUCUUUGAGCUCGAGCUGAACACAAUUACCAUUAAAAAUAAUUUAUGUAAGUACUUAUAAGAUAAUUAAGAUUAGAUUAAAAAUAAUUUAUGUAAGGACAAUUUUAUCCUUGAAUUAUCUGAACCUAAACACAAUUUCAGUUGAGUAAACACAAUUUCAGAAUCCGCUCCUCUUCUUCGAUUUUCCAUUGUAGACGGAAAUUGGCUCAAUUCAGAGUUGCCGCAACUCUGAACGCUCUCCCACGCCGUCUUGUAGUUUUCACGGAAGCAUCCAGAUGCAUUUGUAAGAUUGUUAUCAGUUUAAUGCUCUUUUCUAGCUGAGGCCUGAACUUGAAAACACACUAGGCAUGAGUGUGACCCAAGGUAGCAUCGAUACGGGGCAUAGUGAGUGUAAAAAACGCAAGGCAGUGGACGGGAUGGAAGGUGUUCUUGCAUUACUUAGUAAAAUGCACGAGGAUACAAUUGCUACACUACAACAUUUGUCUACUCGAAUCGGAUAUGCGGUUGAUUUAAGCAAAAUGAGAAGGGAGUUGUUCAAUCUCUUGGGUAAUAUACCCGAUCUUUCACUCGAUGACAAAUUCGAUGUUUGUGAGGCUCUUGGAGAAAAACCAGAGCGCCUUGAUCUGUUUAUGGGGCUGCCUGAUUCUGUGAAACCUGCAUACGUCUCGCGUGUUCUUAAGCAGAAGCGUCAGAAUAAGCAAGCUUUGUAAGCAAGUUUUGAUAGCAGUAUGCAGGAACACUUAGUGAUAUGCAUUUUGUUGGUGGUGAUGGUAGGUAUUUUGUUGGUUAACGGAAAUGUGAGAACUUUUUUGGUGUUCUGUAAAGAAUUAAGAUUGUGAUCUUUUAUGGUAGUAUUAGAUUAAACUCUAGAUGAUUUGAUUUAUAUAUUGUUAUUCUUGAUUGAAAAUUGUGGAGGAAUAGAACUGAGACUGCAUGUGGACUAAUUUUUCAGAGUGAAUUACAUUUUUGGUACCUAAA